CGUGGUAGCAGAGUUGAGUUGGAGGUGUGGCUGCUGCGUGUCUACCGCAUGGAAAAAUAUUCUUGGCUCAUGUGAUGAGGAGAUCGUCUUUCUCUUGUUUCCAGGUGCCGUUGUUAUUGCCUGUAUGAUGCAGCUAGGAGAGGGAGAACUGGAUGACACUUCUAUUAACCUACCUAAAUCGUUUUGCCAUUCGUUAACCGAGAAUAACAAAAACAGUCCUGGCACAGUACCGACUGAUUUUCAAGAGGUUAAUCCACCAGCCUCUCAACCUCAGCCAGGAGCGAAAAAGUUUUUAUCCAAAACGGAAAACGACGAAAUGCUUGGAGAGAGACAGAACGAUGCUCUCUCUCUAUCUAAGGCCUCUGUCCAAGACCGAAAAAGUUCUCUGACGACGGAGGAAGAAGACGCAUCCAGUAACAGGCCAGGCGGAAUUAGCCCCGAUCGUUAUUUUAUCUCGGCGUCUUCGCACCAAACGCAAGACAUGAAUCCCUGUUCUCUGUUUCCUUACCCGGGUCAAGCGGGAACAAUUUACGCAGGAUCCGAUGGCGCCAGGUAUUCAGCAUCGCUGCACUAUAGUUCCGUCCUCCCCUCCACGGGCUUCUCUCCUGUAUGCACUGGACGUGGACAGUGCGGUUCAGGCUACCAGUUCGGACAGGGUCACGGCUGCAUCUAUCCAUCCUAUCAAGGAAGUGGACCCGGUAUUGGUCCCAUGCCGCUCUCAGGAACAGGUACUGGUCUGAGGGCUCAGGUGUAUCUUUGCAAUCGCCCUCUCUGGAUGAAGUUUCACCGACAUCAGACGGAGAUGAUAAUUACCAAACAGGGCAGGCGGAUGUUUCCCUUUCUGAGUUUUAAUAUUACAGCUUUAAGACUGAACGUACAUUACAAUGUUUUCGUGGAGAUCGUUUUGGCUGAUCCGAACCAUUGGAGAUUUCAAGGGGGCAAAUGGGUGACAUGCGGAAAGGCAGAUAAUAACAUGCAAGGAAACAAGGUGUAUGUUCAUCCGGAAUCUCCUAAUACGGGUGCUCAUUGGAUGAGACAAGAGAUCUCAUUUGGCAAACUUAAACUGACUAAUAACAAAGGAGCAAGCAGCAGCAAUUCUCAGAUGAUUGUCCUUCAGUCCCUUCAUAAGUAUCAGCCAAGACUUCAUAUUGUAGAAGUUGGUGAGGAAGGAGUGGAAGAUUUAAAUUGUGAUUCAAAGACCCAGACCUUCACCUUCGUUGAGAACCAGUUUAUUGCUGUAACUGCAUAUCAGAACACUGAUAUUACACAGUUGAAGAUUGACCACAAUCCAUUUGCAAAGGGGUUUCGAGAUAAUUAUGAUUCGAUGUACACCGCACCAGAUGGAGAAAGGUUUACUCCAUCCCCCACAGACUCCCCUCGCUCCCACCAGAUCGUGCCCGGAGCCCGCUACGCCAUGCAGCCCUUCCUCCAGGAUCAGCUCGUGACCAACCAGGGCCGCUUCUACAAUGGCGAACGGGCAGUGCCGCAAACCAACGGUCUGCUCUCUCCACAGACGGAAGACGUGGGCUCUGCCUCUGCGCAGAGGUGGUUUGUCACCCCCAUGCAGCAGACGAGUGCUAACAAACUGGACAUGGCCUCGUACGACGGUGACUACUCCAGCGGCCUGCUCCCGUAUGGCAUUAAACCUUUGCCCCUCCCCACGUCGCACUCUUUCGGGUACUACUCGGACUCUGCCUUCACGUCGGUGGCUGCCGGGUGGGGCCCGCGCAGCGCCUACCAAAGAAAGAUGACCACUACAGGCCUGCCCUGGUCCCCCAAGCCAAGCCCCACCGGUUUCACGGACGACCAAAUGUGUGAGAAGGACAAAGCGAGAGAGGAGGGAUUGUCAGGUGCACAGCAGACGCCAGCCUGGCUGGAGACGCCCUCGUCUCUGAAGCCGCUGGACGCAGCAGACCCUGGGGUUUACGCCAUAGGGUGCAAGCGCAGACGGGUCUCUCCGGAGGAGUCCAGUGUGGAGGGCUCUCCAACAGUGAAGGGUGAGGACUUGGGAGUUCCAGAAAACUUGGCCAGAGAGACUUCUUCCAAAAGCAUGGGCUAUUAUGCCUUCUAUACCAGUCCCUGAAAAAAGCUUUGAAAGUUGCUUUAGUCUUGGGUGAGAUUGUUUUUUUUCUCCAUUCCCAUUUUAUUAUUGUGCUACCACAGUGUAUUCAUAAGUUUUGUAAUAUGUGCAGCUGUCUUCAGAUUCAGCGACUCUGAAGCUUCUUUCAAACUGUGACAAAAUAGAUUACACUCAAUUAUGUCCACUUGCAUUAUUAGUUAUUAGAUCAUGUUAUAUGGCUCCAGCAUGUCCUAUGCUAUAUAUUUUUACUGAUAGGAUUUUUAUUUAUAAUUGUACAAUAUUUGUGCAGUGUGGGAUGAGAUGUGUUACAUGUGUUCUUACAUUGUUUGUGUAUCAAAGUGUUGUAUGACGGGUAAUAAAAAGUCCCAUAUGCU